UCGGCUGAUUCAAACCUCGCUACUUUUCACGAAUCCGAGAUAUUCAUCGACUGCCCCAGGAUAAACAGUACAACCACAGUCGGUUUCGUAUUGGUCUCGUUCACUUUCACACUGGUAUCGCACGCCUGACACUUCUCUCCAUUGCCUGGUCUCCAACUCGACCCCAGCACCUACUCAGGCUUACUGAUCAGACACACCACACAUACAACGCUCCUCCACUAUACCAAUUCGUCACCGAGACAGUGUUCGUGAGUGGGUGCCUCUCCCGUCGUCGCGGUAUCAACAUAGUGCUACGGAUACGAAACUUGCUCUGCUCGGACAACGACAUCAACCCUUACAAUGCCCAUACCUCAUAAUCGACGUUCACACGCCAAAUCUAGGCACGGCUGUCUGACCUGUAAGAAGCGUCGGGUCAAAUGCGACGAGGUUGGCCCACCGUGUGGAAACUGCAAGGCUCGCGGUACCGCCUGUGAUUAUGGCAAUGUCCAGCACAGCACGGCCACGAGUGUAGAUCUGAAUGCCAAUGCCGCAUUCCCUUCAAUGACUGGCUUGAGGUCGACGUCUGCACUAGGUGGACUCUCGGCAUCGAUGUUGCAUGCUUUUGGCGAUAAUGCUGAAGCUGGGCCUCCUCGAGCCACGAUGUCGGACGCACCUAUGUCGAAUACACAUCUGAGUGUCCCACAAGUUCCACAAGUUCCCAAUCCCACCGAUGUCAAUUUCUCCAUGGCCACUCCGACAAGCUCGAUCCGAAGCUCAACAUCGGUGCCCAACUCAUCUCGAACGAGCGCUGGGAGAACCACUGGUACAUCCCCUGCUCGAGGACUCGCUACCCCUCCUUCCAAUCCUCCCACUUGCAGCUCCACCACCAAAUCACCCUUGCCCUUUCUGGCCAAGACACAUCCUCCUCCUCCCUCCAGCAGUGAAGAACCGGCGUCGCGGCAGAAGAUGACGUACCCGCCGACCCAACAGCUACUAGAACUGCAACUCAUGCAUCGGUGGUCAACCAUUACCGCCCCGAGUAUAUCUACCCCAGCGUGCGAAGAUCUGCCGAUAUGGCAAAACCGAGUUCCAACCAAGGCUUUGGAGCAUCCAUUUCUGCUCCACGGCAUCUUUGCCCUGGCAGCUUUUGAUAUUGCCAGCUCUUGUCCGUGUCGGAACAAUCCAGCAGUUGACAGCAAUGGGGCCCCGACAACGGAAGAUCCCCACCAAAGAUCUUCGGUCGGCUCAUCCCGCAAUGUGUCCAACUCACCCUCUCCACCUUCUUGUAGCGACUGUCGACGGUACAUUGCCGCCGCACACUCGUACCAGGAUACGGCAUUUCAGGCAUUCCAAACCCAACUUUUGAACAUCACCAACGAAAGCCACACCGCCGUCUUGUUCUUCUCGGUCCUACUAACCGAAAUCAUUCUGUGCCCGGCCCAGUUUUCUUCAUCUACGGAGCAUGAAAGUCCACUGCAAACCACUAUCAUGCAUUUUGAACUUGGCCGUGGCCUUACCGCCGUCAUCAAGAAGAGGACCGAAUGUAUUGUCGAGGACGACCUGUUUAGGCGCGCUCUUCCUAUCUACCUUCUACCCAAGGUGCCCCUAGACACUACCACGAGCCUAAUGUUACGACACCUAGACGAGCUCAACCAGGCCAGGCCAAAGUGUCCCACACAGAGCGGUUGUCAUACUGCCCUUCUGUGGCUCAAGGCUCAUUACGAGGUCUGUUUGCAGCCGGAUUUUCGCGUCUACGCCUUGGCCUGGCCCGCCAUGAUGGGUGAGGACUUUGUCGCCGCCAUCAAGGCUCAUGAUGUGGUUGCUCUUGGCAUUUUGCUGGGCUGGGCUGUCUUGCUCGAUUACAUGGGUCGCCAUAUUUGGUAUGCCCGGGCCUUUGGCCGUAUGUUGGCCGAGGAAGUGGUUGGAGUCUUGGAAAAAGGGACGGAUAGUCGAAUACAUGACACCUUGGGAGAUGUUAUGGAAUGGUCUUUGGUGCACGUUCGAGGUGCAGGUCUUCAAUCAGAACACGACUUCACAUAGAUCUUAUGAUAAAAAUCACAUGCCAGCAACGAUCUAAAA